GCGUAUUACAAAUAUUUUUGUUUUUAUUUUUUUAUAUAUAAACUUAAGAAUUAUCAUCACAAGUGUUUUUAAAUAAUUUUUUAUUGCUAAAUUUGUUCGUUAAACAUCAAUGAAAAUGAACAUAUGAGUAAUCCCACUGUGGAACAAGUGCAUACACUCCUAACAUUCCUAGCAGAGCACCAGGAGUUAGCUCGUGGCCACUGUAGAAAUGCAGAAGGGCGAACAAGAUCCACCCAAUUAUGGGUUCGUCUCACAGACGAACUCAAUGCAUUGGGUGGAUGCACUAAAACUGUAAAGCAGUGGCAGAAGGUAUGGGCUGACAAAAAAUAUCUAACUAAAAAAGCUGCUACUGCUGCUCGAAGGUCUGCCACAGCCACUGGGGUAGGGCCAUCAUCUGCUGAUCCUUUAAACCCAAUACAGUGCAGAAUAUUGGGUAUUAUGGGAGAGGGCUUUGGAGAACCUCAGUCGGAUGCACAUGUUCCUGCAUUUCCAGAGAACUUCAACGGCUACUACACGUCCAGAGCGACGACGCCGUCGAGCAGACGCCAUUGGACCUCGCAGUGUACGCAGGCGUUUGUUCGAAAUGGAGGAGCGGCGAAUCGCAGCGGAGGAUCGACGGGUGGUAGAGUCAGGGCUGAUUCGCCAAUCACUCCAGGAAUUAAAUGUAUUAAUAAGGGAUGGAUUGGAGGGUCUACUAAUAGAAUUAAGACGACUGAAUAGAUGA